UAGGUGACCCGGAAGUGGGUUGGAGUUGUGAUUGUUAAGUGAGAAAUGUCUUUGCAAAGAUUACAAUUUCGCGCUUAGACCACUGUCAUCGGGAAAAAAGUAAAGAAUUAUUAUUAACGUCACCGAACUUGUAAAUAUCACUCAGUCAUAUGUUUCAUCUUAGACUUUUAUUUUUAUAAGAUUGUUGCCACCAUGAGUAAACGAAAAGUGAAAGAAACACACAUGCCAGUCGGCGAAUGUAUUUCUCAGGUUCAGAUGAUAUUGAGGGAGAGAUUCUGUCAUCAGAGACUUCCUGAAAAGCCAGUGGGAAUGGAAUCACAACACAAACACCUGCUGGAGCUGCUGAGGAGGACAGCUGUCCAUGGAGAGAGUAAUUCUGUACUCAUUGUUGGACCCAGGGGAUCUGGGAAAACAAUGCUCCUGAACUGUAUCUUGAGAGAGUUGCUGGAGGUGAAGGAUAUCAAUAAGAAUGUGUUACCUGUCCACCUGAAUGGUCUUUUACAGACUGAUGAUAGAAUAGCGCUCAAAGAAAUCACACGCCAGCUCAAUCUGGAGAAUGUUGUUGGAGACAAAGUGUUUGUAAGUGUUUACAGAAGUUAUGCUGUAUGUUUUGUCCCUUUGCAAUUUAUAGCUUGCUCUUUAUUUUAUUGUUAUUUUCAGGGUAGUUUUGCAGAAAACCUGGCCUUCCUUCUUGAGGCGUUAAAGAAAGGUGAUCGUAGCAGCAGUCGGCCUGUCCUCUUCAUUCUGGAUGAGUUUGACCUGUUUGCCCACCAUAAGAACCAGACUCUGCUCUACAACCUCCUGGAUGUCUCCCAGUCUGCCCAGGCUCCCAUCGCUGUGAUCGGCCUCACCUGCAGACUGGAUGUCCUGGAGCUGCUAGAGAAGAGGGUCAAGUCCAGGUUCAGCCACAGACAGAUCCACCUGCUCAGCUCCCUGAGCUUCAUACAGUACCUGGACAACGUCCGCUCACAGCUCAGCCUGCCACAAGACUUCCCCGACACCAAGUUCCAUGACGAGUGGAAUGACGGCAUCAAGACGCUAUGUGAAGACCAACUAGUGGUGGACGUCUUACAAAGACAUUAUAACUCCAGCAAAGACUUCCGUUUCCUGCACUUGUUACUGAUGCUGGCUCUGAGCCGUGUGAGCGCAUCUAAACCUGCCAUCAAGCCCACUGAUCUUCUGGAGGCCAGUAGAGUCUGUAUGGUGGACUCUAAAGCAAACAUUCUUCAUGGCCUGUCCAUUCUUGAACUGUGCCUGAUAAUUGCCAUGAAACACUUGAAUGACAUCUAUGAAGGAGAGCCGUUUAACUUCCAGAUGGUUCACAAUGAGUUCAAGAAAUUCCUGCAGAGGAAAUCCCAUUCUAUCCAUAACUUUGACAAGCCAGUCGUCAUAAAGGCGUUUGAACACCUGCAGCAGUUGGAGCUGAUUAGGUCUAUGGACAGCUCCACAGCAAAGAUCCAGAAGGAGUACCAGCUGGUGAAACUUAUGCUGGACCACAGCCAGAUCAUGGAGGCCCUGCAGAAAUACCCACAAUGCCCCACAGAUGUCAAACAGUGGGCCAUGUCUGCUUUUGGUUAAAGGUACAUAUUCUUCUAUAUUGGGUCCAGGGAGUUUUGAAAAAAACAAUGAAAGAUAUGGGACUGUGGCCUGGACCCUGUCCUCAGGGACAGACAAUGAAUGACCUGACAAAUGUUUCUGCCAUGUGUUCAUUCCUUGUGUGUAAAUGUACAUAUUUGGCUGUACUUAUUGAAUAAAGUCAUGCAAUUGUUUUGGUCA